GGUCGUGUGCGUCAUACUGUUUUUACAUUGAUCAGAAGUAGAAUACAAAGUUACUUUUAAUAUUUUCUUAAUACGUUUCGCAAAGGAAAAUGAUACGCACUUAUUUAAAAAAGGGAUAUUAUAUUGUGUUUCUGUCUGUGAUGUUGUAUGUGAUGAUUCUUAUGUUCACACCAGAUUCAAUACUAUGGAAGGUAUACGCCAGGACAAACGUUACAUAUGACGACAGGCAAAAGAAAUGCAAAAGUCAUCCGAAUUUGUGUUCGCUAUCCGAAGGGAAUUUGACUGGAAAAACACGACAAAUUGCCAUAAAGAACGUUUCCGACCAAUAUAUAUAUAAACAUACUAUUAACUCAAAUUUUGAAAUAUAUCUACGCAAUUACAUACAGGAACACGGUGUUUCCAAAUCCUGUGCUAAACGGCGAUAUCUUAUCUACAGCUGUAAGAGAAUGUGUGGUGGGCUCGGAGACAGACAGAGGGGUAUUAUCACAGCUUUUCUUUUUGCCUUGCUUACCAACAGGACUUUCAUUAUUGAUAGUACUCACCCGUGUGAACUUGAAACUAUUAUGGAACCGAAUAUGUACAACUGGUUGCAUUGUAAGAAUUAUGCAUCAAACGUCCGUCGCGACGAGAAAACGGAGUUUCAGCUAAUAGAUAAGUUUAAAACGACAAUUCCUAGUUUGGACUUUGGUAACUGGGAAAAAAUCGUCGUAGACAUAAGGCUGAAUUGGUUAGCCUUUUCUAAAAUACGGCAGCAUGACUCGACAAAGAAACUCAAAUUGUUGGAAGACAUAAGUGAUGAGGACGUUAUAAAAAUAGUUUUAGACGCACUUUUCAAGCCAAAAGAUCGCAUGACAAAAGCUAUAGAUGCUUUCUUUAUGAACAUUACGCAUACAGGCCUCGUGGUUUGUGCUCACAUAAGGGUAGGUAAAAAUCCUUCAAUACCAACAGAUGGUGUAAUAAGCGAACGGCAUCCAAACAUUACAACAGUGUUUUCUUUUCUAGCAAAAUUUGACAAACCAGGAUAUAUUAUCUACAUUGGCUCGGACUCGGAUGAAAUAAAAAAUGCUAGCACUUUUUUAUUUAAAAACAUAAUUACAAUCAAAAAUAAAAUUGUACACGUGGACAGAAUAGGAAGUAUGCGAAGAAACGUUGCGUGUGAAGGAUAUUACACGGCAGUCCUUGAACAACAGAUACUUGCACGAUGCGACACUUUAAUUCUUACUGCAAGCAACUUUGGAUCCAUGGCUGCCUUUCAAAGAGGUCGAUCCGACAAUUUAUUCGUGUAUAACAAACAGAAAAACGCAGUUGAAAGUGCAAAUUUUCAUAAGCUUUAUGGAAAUGGAAAAUAGUUUCGCCCUUUCUUGUAAAGCGUUCUAUUAGAUAUGGCAUGUGCUAGGUAAACAACCUCAUGAUGCAUUUAUAUGCCAAACAUGGGUACAUAUUUGUCCUAAGGAUAAUCUUUUGACGCAUUUAUAAGGCAAUUGCCAAAAUAUUAUGUGCUUAUAUAAUGUUAAUAGUGUUGAAAAGAACAUCAAAAAUAAAGAUAGAGCUAAUAUUGCAAACGUUUGAUGCUAUACAUAUAUGUCAUAAAUACAGCUCUUGUUCACUAUACAAUA